CCUAUGUAUAGUACUCAAUUUCUGUUAUUAAUUCCUUUGUUUCAGUUUAUUGUGCGUGAAUUGUGUUCUUGCUGCAAAAAUGAUAUGGAAAGUAUGUUCUUCGUGGAUUGUGUUCUUAAUCAUAUGCUCAAUAACAAUUUCAAAGAACAACGCCGCCGUCCCCAGACGCGGCGGCCGGCUUUAUCCUCCACUUCUUGUGGGCACCGUCUACUGUGAUGAUACUUGCUCCCAACAUUUCUCCAGACCUGAUACCCACUUCAUUUCAGGAGCCUCUGUUGCGGUUGAGUGUGGAGCGUGGAGUAAGGGGCGGCAGCGGCGACCAAGUUUUCGCCGGGAAGUGAAGACGAACGACGGCGGAGAAUUCACCGUGCGCCUCCCUUUCUCUGUCGCCAAGAAAAUCAGGGGACGAUGCUCUGUUACUCUGAUAAGCAGCGGCGAUCCGAACUGUGCCGUGGCGUCGGCCGCCACGUCUCCGAUUUACCUCAUUAAUGAGGAAAGGAAGAAGGAAGGGAACUAUGUGGUUUUCUCAGCCGGCUCUUUCACUUUCCGGCCGCUCAAACCGCCGGAGCUAUGCAACCAGGAGCAGCCUAAUAAUGGUAAUUCGGCAAAGAAAGUAGUAGAGCAAGUUGAGCCUGUUAUUUUCCCUCCAUUUGGCGUUAUACCGCCCAACCCUUUACUGCCGCCGCCUUCUUUACUUCCGCCCAACCCUUUACUGCCGCCGCCGUCCAUAAUUCCUCCGAUAAUCCCUUCUCCGCCUGCGCCGAUCUUCCCUCCGCUGUUCCCAUCCCCGCCGCCUUCAAUAUUUCCACCACUUCUCCCACCGCCUCCUUCGUCUCCGCCUUCAAUAUUCCCACCGCUUUUUCCCGCGCCUCCCACUCCGCCGGCUUCGGUAUUCCCUCCAUUGUUCCCACCCAUUCCAGGAUUCACUCCAUCUCCUUCUCCACCGCCACCUCCGGCCCCGUUCUUCCCAUUUCCUUUCCCUCCGUUCCCUUUCGAACCGUCACCUGGCAACCCUCCACCUUCCACUUCCUCUUCCGCUCAGAGCAACUCUCCCUAGUUCUUAUAAACAGAGUAUAAUUGAUAUGCUACUGUAGUAGUUAACUUUCCUUAUUAUGAUGUGUAAUUACUUAUUGGGGUGUUGACUUGUGGGCAAAAGAUUUAAAAAGUAAAUUUCCAAAACUAUUCUCUUCAUCCUUUGUGAUACGGAUUAAGUAGCAUAUAAAUUAGACUUUAAUCCCGAUAUUAAUUUGAAGGAUCAUAUAAAUCUGUUUAAUUGGAAUGGCU